UCCCUCGCACCCCAAAGCGUUUCGCGAGCGCGCACGCGUGCGAAGCUGCGUGGGAAUGGCUGUUUGUGUGACCAAAGGGGGCUGGGCCGCUUGGAGCGAGCGCUGAGCUGCAUGAGUUUGUAAUGUCCGCCAUGUUGGCCAUGGCGUAUUGAACCGGGCAGGAACAGCGGAGCGCAGGAGCGAGAGAGACCGACAGACGGCGACUGAGACCCGGGCCUGCCCGGCUCUGUUCGCGCUGCUAACCGGAGCCGAAGCCUGCCCCUCAGAGCGACCCUAAAAGAGACCGCGACGGAUUCCUCAAUGAGAACUCGAAGCAGACGUGCUGUUACUCCAGGCAGUUCCCAGAGAUUUAUGCUGCGUCUUUUAUUAUAAGAAAUGAGUAAACUGUCGUUUCGGGCGCGGGCGUUGGAUGCUUGUAAGCCCCUGCCCGUCUUCCGCUGCGAGGAUUUGCCCGACCUGCACGAAUAUGCCUCCAUCAACCGGGCGGUGCCGCAGAUGCCAACGGGGAUGGAAAAGGAGGAGGAAUCGGAGCACCACCUCCAGCGAGCCAUCUCGGCGCAGCAGGUCUACGGGGAGAAGCGGGACAGCAUGGUCAUCCCGGUCCCCGAGGCGGAGCACAACAUCCCGCACUACGAGCUGCUCUACCCCGGGGACUUCAAAAUGCCAAAGCAGCUUAUUCACAUACAGCGUGAGUAGCGGGCGGGCCCCGCC